AUGGCGACCAAUUUCACAACCCUGUCGAACGCGGGUUCGCUCUCUAGCAUAUCGCAACUCAAAUCUUUGAGCCCUAGUUGCAGCUCGGUCAAGAUUUCUAGCGGAAGGACUCUAGUGAAGCCUUCAUAUGUUCCUUCCUCUAGCUUGUCCUUCUUUGGUUCUCUUGCUCCCAGCCCACUCAACUCGCCUUCCCCUUUUCAGACGAGUGGAGUUCGUCCUCUUAACUCCGUAGUCCGAGCUAGUGCUCAGGUCCCAGAUUUGCAGGCCAAAGUGACCAACAAAGUGUAUUUUGAUGUAAGCAUUGGGAACCCAGUUGGGAAACUUGUUGGGAGGAUUUUCAUCGGAUUGUAUGGCGAUGAUGUGCCCCAAAUUGCUGAGAAUUUCCGCGCUUUAUGCACAGGAGAGAAGGGAUUCGGCUUCAAAAAUUCAGCAUUCCAUCGUGUCAUCAAGGAUUUCAUGAUUCAAGGAGGCGACUUCGACAAGGGAAAUGGCACUGGAGGCAAGAGCAUUUAUGGUCGGACGUUUAAAGGCGAGAACUUCAAUAAGGAAUUUGGUGGUAUGAACUUAUCCUGUAUUGUAUUUGCAGUGACUAACACCAAAGGGAGUCAGUUCUUUAUUUGCACUGUCAAGACCCCAUGGCUAGACCAGAGGCACGUUGUAUUCGGACAAGUGUUGGAGGGGAUAGACAUUGUGAAGCUCAUUGAAUCGCAGGAGACAGACAGAGGCGACCGUCCCAGGAAGAGGAUUGUCAUUGCGGAGUGUGGUGAGCUUCCCAUGUCGGACGCUUAA